GUACAAGUCGGACGUUGCGUUUGAUGUGAUGCAGUUGGUUGGUUGAUGGAAGUAAAGUAAGUGUGCAUGUAGUUGGACAUCGCUGGUGAACCACGUCGGCAUUGGUCACGGACUGUGAGGCGAAAAGGUAUCCUUCACCCAUCAUCACUGGAUUCUCGCCCUUUUUGAGAUUUUGCGUUCUGUCUCUGUGAAGGACCAACGGUAAAGCACCCCAACCGAAAAAGCAUUCUCUUUUUUUAAAGGUUGAGAGACAAUGACGUCCCUCCUGGCUGUCCCUCCCUCAGAUGACACCAAUCGGAUACCAAUUGUCAAUUUGGGGAAUUUUCUGCUCCGUCAUACUUGGUCCAUUCAAUGCCUGAGCGAAUUUGGGAUUCCGUUGGAUUCUUCCUCAUUGUCAUCCUUGGAGGAGGAAAUGACAAUGUCAUUGCGAAAUCAGUGGGCGAGCCAAGGUGGAGAAGACUGUUGUGGGAGCUGGGAGGAAGGGUCCUUUGUGCGCUUGUGUUGGGGAAAAUCUCAAGACGAUGAUGAUGAAAAUGACGAACCACGCAGAAAGAAACAAAAAUUGAGUUUUCUCGAGACUAUUGGCAGAAGAAACAAUGACACCAGGCAAUCCACUCAAGACAAACAUUCACAGGAUGAAUGUCAUCAUUUACUAGUCGACGUGACGGUCCAAGAGGAGCCAUCCGCUCAAAUAGCUUGUUGCUUUCCUCAACAUAAUACCAAAGACAACAAAGACAACACCAAAAUCCAACGGUUUGCAUUUUUGCUCACACGGGGAUCCAAACGAUCCUUGGAGGCGAUUUGGCAAUGCUUGGAAACCAAGACAGCCUGUCGUGUCGCCAAGUCCCUCUUUCGACCCAGCAUUGUCGACAUGACACUGGCCGUGACUUGGUGGACUUCCCAACACUUUUCCAAGUUUGGCAAACAACAAGACGACGACGACACGAAGCAACAAUCCACCACCACCAAACCUCUUACUCUAGUCUAUCAAGUACCGUCCGCCGUUGCUGGUUCUGGACUCGAUUCGGUAUCACUCAUGGUACCGCCAGUGGCGCUGCUACGGUUAGCGAAUGAUAUAGUUGUGAAUGGAAAGAAACACGCACGGGAAUCGACAACCGACGACGAUUCCUCCAAUGAUGAAACAGUACCACUGGUGCUGGCCCUGCAGGAUUUUCUGCGAGACACAUUCAAAAUUCGAAUAGAACGAUUCUUAUUGACCAGUGCUUCCUGUUCGGUGGCAAUGUUGGGGCGGGAUGGACGGUGCAAACCGACGUGUGCCGAGCUAUUGGAUUGUGCUCUCCGGGAAAUCAAGGAUAUGGUGGAACGACGAAGGGUUGGGAACGACAAUGACAGUAGUACAAAGGCGAACGACAGGGAAGCAUCUGCGGUUGCUGAGGAGACUGCCGUGGCAUGAGACAGAAAGCAAAAGCUGGACCCAAGAAUCGACGCUCCACUCCAGCUCUACAGGUUGGUGGGCACGGCAGCAAAGCCAGCUACAUUUCUAUGAUCUACUCUGAGGAACCUUGAGGAGCUUCACAGCUAUUACCGGUAGACGUCCGGGAAAACCGGACACCUAACGGUAGCGAUUAAGGCCAGU